UAUCUAUGAAAGUUCUAAUAUUAUUUGAUAUUAUUUACCUAGUUUUAUAUAACAUGUCGAUGAAAUUUUAUAGGUGUUGGCGUAUGCUCGUUAUGGCGGUGCUAGGUGACCUCUUUCUGGUCGCAACAGUUCGCCAGAAAUUGACGUCGAAAAACAACUUCUGUGCAUGUUGUUACUGACAAUGAUUUUCAAUACUAGGUUGGAGGUUGAUGUUGCGUAUAACGUUGUUUGUCCAUGCUAAUGUUAUUGUUUAUCUCUUAAUCUUAUUAUUCAUAACCUACAAGGCUCAUCAUGCUCGUGCAUAAUUACGAGUCGAUAAAGACUAUUAUAAAACUUUUUAAUAGUUGUUACUCGUGUCGUUCUCUGCCAAUGUUUGACUACAAAUUUCCUGUGUGUGCAGAUUAAACUUGCUCUGAUCGUCUCGGGAUGCCUACAGAGCCACAGUGUGAUGUGGUGAUGAAGGUGAAAGUGGACACCAAUUUGGGUGUCACUUCAUGCCAUGGAUCCGGAAACAGGAGCUGUGAGUGCAGGUGGAAGUGGGGAGCUAAUAUGGUGCAACUACCCAACAGAGGCUGGCCCUGUACAAAUUGAGAUUGGGUCGGAUAUUGCAAGGCAAAUAAAUGAUCAAGUGCAAGUUCAGUACACUGUCAACAGCCAAGGGCAAGUUGUUUUGCAUGCUCUUCAACCAGUGCCCAUGCAACAGCAGCUCAAUAAUGUGAAUUCUGUCUUGGAAGGAGGAACCCCCACUAAUACUGCCAUUACUGCUGUUGUAUGUCAAACUCCUAGUGCCACCAGAGAACAAAUACUUCAAGAUACCAAUGUAGUUUUAAAACCAGAAAAUAAACUGAAAAUUCCUGCUGGAUCUGAACGGAUUAACUGUGACCAAUGUGAAAAAACCUUUUCAUGUGUUGCUAAUCUGAGGGAUCAUGUACGUCUACAUACUGGAGAGAAGCCUUUCAAAUGCUCUGAGUGUGACAUGGUUUUUGCUCAAAGAUCAAAUUGGCGGCUUCACAAGAGAGUUCAUACAGGGGAAAGACCAUACAUGUGUGGGCUGUGUGGUCGUACAUUUGCUCGCAGUUCUCAUCUUCCUGGUCAUAUGAGAACACACACAGGAGAGAAGCCUUUCAAAUGCAAUCUAUGCUCAACUAGUUUUUUAUCUUCACAAGCUCUGAAGAAUCACAUUCGCACUCACACAGGAGAAAAGCCUUAUGUGUGCAUAAAUUGUGACACGGCUUUCACUCACAGCUCGUCACUUUCCUCGCAUAAAAAAAGGUGCAAUGGGAUCAAAAGGAAACGUGGUCGACCUGUUGGAACUGGUAGAUGUAGUAUUAAGAAAAAGGUACCUUCAGGACGUCCCAGAGGACGACCAAAGAAGAAAAUAAGAUCUGGGAGGGGCAGGAAAAAACUAAACGUGAAUCUUGCAGAGGAUUCUCAUAACCUUUCUACCGAUAUUAAAAUGCCCAUAAAGUGUGAGGAAGGUUUUUCUGGACCAAUGGUGGAAUUUAGACCUUCAGGUGAAGAAUCAGAAGAAAGGGCACCUAAUGUUCCAGAGAGUGAUACAUGCCGGAUAAAAAUAGUGAGUGUUCAUGGCGGAGUCACUGCAUCAAUUGUUAGAAAUUCCUGCGGUAUUGGCACAGACACUCAAAAGAAUGCUUUGAGGGAAAGUGUUCGUCUUCGUAUCAAACACCAAAAAAAAUUAACAAAAAGGCAUUCAUUAUUGACUGAUGAUUAUUCAGAAAAUGUUGGUAAUCCACCUUUGGUGAAGCCAGUAGCAGAUCUGUUGAGCCAUGAACCUGAAAAUUCUCUUGUGUCAGAUGAUAUAAUCACUUGUAGAAGCAGUUAUUUCCAACCCGCUAAUGUGACUUUAAGUUCAUCUAGCCAAACACAGGCGGCGCCUUAUGUUUCAUCCUGUGUACAAACAGGUGGAAAUCAGCAGGCAGUUUCACAGAUAAAUAUUUCUAGUCAAUUGGGAGCUUAUUGUUUGGCAUCUGCAGUCAAUUCCACCCCGACUGGUGUUCCUGUCAGAACCGAGCCCGCUCUUGCCAUGACAUCACUGCAGUGCACUGCUCCUAACCUCACACCGCAACCAAGCAUCUUUAGCUCAUCUCCCUCACCUUCCUAUUCUCCUCUCAAGCAAAUGGUUAUUUCAUAUCCUAGGGGAAUCCACACAACUGCUUCUUCUGUUGUUCCUCACGAUGCAACUCCUCAUAGCCAUUCAGAUGCUGGAAUACCUAUUCUGCAUGUCAACUCGUCAGCUCCUGUGCCUGUAGUCAAGGACAUGGGCGCACAGCAACAGCUUCAGGAAUAUAUUACCUAUUUAAAUGGAAAUGAAGUUCAUGUUUCUAUACCUACUGGAAGGGAAGGUAUAUCGGAGCAGAGUUCUACUGGAUGAAUUUUUAAAAUUUGUGCUAUGCUUCCAAAUUAAUUGAUCAAGCAACUUGCUUUGUGUAAAAGUUGUUGAACAGUAGUAUAAGGUUCGUUCUGUUUAAAAGUAAAUUCAACUUUCUAAGCUUAACCUUCAUUAUUUAAAACGUUUUAAUUUUUUAUUCCAUCAAAUAAUUCAGCAAAUUGUUUGCCAUUACGCAUGCCUGCGUAUAGGUACCGGUACCUUCAGGUGCUUUUUAAAAUUUUCUCUUGCAGAAAGAACUUGCAUUAAUUGAAAUGUAUUUAUUUAGCGUAUUUGGUGAGCUACUCUUUGAGCUACUAUGGUUUGAGCUAAGCAACCGUGAAAAAUGUUUUCUGAAAAAAUAUUUUUUUGGCCAAUUCAAUAAUUUUUAUUUGUUGGUUGGUUAUCUGGUCCAUCACUCAAAAAACCACAUAAAUAAACAUGAUUUGCGCAUUUAGGUUAUGUUGAUGCAUUAAUUUACUACAUGAGUGGUGGGCAAACGUUUUUCAGCCGUGCUCAGGUAUUGCAAGCCAGAUGGAAAAUGUAAACAGAAGCUCAGUCCUUGGUGUUGUGCCUGAGUUAUUCCAAUUAGGAUUCCAGGCUGGCAAGGUACAGGGUGAUUCAUGGAAACUUAAUGUUCUGUAUUUCGCGCCAAGCAGCCAGAUGUCGCGGGAAGUAACUAUUUCAUAUGAAACGCAAGACCAUAAAAUUUCGAAUCCCGCCUAGUCAGUUACCACUAAGCCUUGGACAAGUGAGCAGCGUGCGCAUUUGCUGUCGAGGCGUACUUUUCUAAUGGUCAUUUAGCAGAGUUGUCUCCGUCUGAGGCAAUAUUUUGCAGAGCGUCUCAUCUUCUUGAGAGGUGACCUUUGGCUGGCUCGAUCUCCCGAUUUUGCUCUGCGUGAUUUUUUUAUGGGGUUAUCUUUAAUCAAUUGUUGACAAUGACCGUCCAAGGACCCUACCACAUUUGAAGGAUAACAUACGCCAAACCAUCGCCAACACACCCAGCAAUUUGCUUCAGCAAGUUAAACGGAACUUCAGAAAUCGACUAACUGAAUGCAUUGAGAAGGGGGGCCGUCAUUUGUCCGAUG